AUGGCGAAGGUAGAGGAGGUGGUGAUUGUUGGUGGCGGGAUCGCGGGGCUGGCGACGGCGGUGGCUCUGCAGCGAGUCGGCCGGCGUGACAUCGUAGUGCUGGAGGGCCACUCGGAGCUCCGCGCCACUGGGGCCGCCAUCUCUAUCUUCCCCAACGGAUGGUACGCCCUCUCGGCUCUCGGUGUCGCGCACAAGCUUGAGCCCUACUACCUUCCCUUCCAAAUAUCCCGCAUUACGGAUCUCGCGACCGGAGAUACGCAGGAGUUGUACUUCGCUGGAUCGGCCCAUAGGGGAGAAGCAGGGGUGAGGGCUAUGCACGGGAAAGCUUUGUUGGAAGCACUUGCUGAGGAGCUACCACCUGGAACUAUAAGAUUCUGUUCAAAAGUAGUUUCCAUUAAGAGUGGAGGUUCCUCAAAUUUCACAUCCUUGCAUUUGGAGGAUGGAUCCAUUAUCAGAGCUAAGUUGUUGAUAGGAUGCGACGGUGUCCAUUCGGUCGUCGCACAAUGGUUGGGACUCUCUGCACCGAUUAGCUCAGGCCGGUCAGCUGUUAGAGGGCUUGCAGUGUUUCCUGAAGGUCAUGGGUUGGAAACAGUGUUCCGGCAAUACUUGGGAGAGGGCAUUAGGGCUGGAUAUGUUCCACUCAAUUCAAAGGAGGUCUAUUGGUUUCUGAUAAACUAUUCAACUUCAUCAGAGAGGGAGAUCGCGGGGAGGCCGGAGCUCAUUCUCCGGGAAGUGACGGAGAAUCUGGCGAGGGGCUUCCCCUCGGACUACGCCGACGUGGUGCGCCGCUCCGACCCCGCCACGCUGACGUGGGCCCCGCUCUCGCUGCGCGCCCCGUGGGCCGUCCUCCUGCGCCGGGCCCACCUCACCCUCCCCACCCGCAUUGGCGCGAACGCGAACGCGGCCGCGGCGGCCACGGUGGCGGGGGACGCGUUCCACGCGAUGACCCCGGACACGGCGCAGGGCGGGAGCGCGGCGCUGGAGGACGCGGUGGCGCUGGCGCGCUGCGUCGGCGCGGACGCGGGGGGCGGCGGCGCGGCCGCGGUGGGGAGGUACGUGGCGGAGCGGCGGUGGCGCGCGGCGGGGCUCGUGGCGGGAGCCUACGUGGCGGGGUGGGUCCAGCAGGGCGGCGGCGGUGGGGCCCGCGCCGGGGUGUGGGCGUGGCUCGUCAAGUGGUUCAGGGACUGGGUCUUCUACCGCUUCAUCUUCCCCAGGAUUUUGGACGCCGCGUGGUAUAACUGUGGUGAUUUGACCCCUCCCCUGUAGUAGGUCCCUAGACCCGGUCCACCAGGUCAGCAUUGGAAUGUGGUUCUGCGGCGCACAAACUUUUUUUUCCUU